CCCCGCUACACGUACAUAUCCUUCUCAUCCAGCCAAUUGGAUCAAUGCUCCGCUUCACGUAAAAAUUUCCCACCAGCGCCGGCUAGAAGCGACGCCCCCGUUCCCGCCUCUUCGUACGUCGCCGGCGAACAGGAUUCGCCGGCCGCCGGUUUACAGCUAGAUAUCAGAAGCUUGCCCGGGACAAUAUAAAAUUGUCAAUGUUCUGUUGUAAUAAGGUUUCUAGUCAUGGUGGGAUCUCAGAAGCGGGAGCGGGAUUCCACCCGGGUGGAUUCAUCAAUUAUGUUUUCUGAGAAAAUCACCCCGGCGCCUUCAACCGUUAAGGCUGUGAAGGCGGCAAAGGCAGUUGUCGGCGAGGAAGCUAUGAUUGUCAAUCAAACUAUAUUAAGACGAUCGUUAAGAUCGGCUUCCAGAGCGACAAGUUCGGUUGUUUCGGGCGGGGAUUUGGGGAAUGAUAAUAAGGUUGAUGAUUGUAUGCUUAGUUACUACCCGAGGAAACCUCAGACGAGAUCGGAUUCAAAAGGUGAAGCAUUACAAGCUUUGAUUAAGGCUAAUGGCACUCAGAUCUUGAAUGAAGCGUGCAAAACCCCUGCUCCUUUUGCCCUUGAACCAUUGAAAUUAGACAUCUCAGCCAAUGUCGGUAUUCGUGGGAAAAAGUGUCGCGAAAUUAAUGGGCAGAUUGAAUUGAUGGAGACUGUUCAUAGUCCUGCACUAGAGGAGCAAGUGCUUCCUACAAAAUCUUCAACAAGGAGGAGGAUCUCUUUUAGAUCUAGGGCCUCAGCUGAGUGGACUUCCGGUUGUGGAAAGAAGGGAUCACCUGAUAAUGCUGGGAAUGAAAUUCAGACUAGAAGACUGGAUGCUGAAGAAUCUGUAAUAAAGAGGAAGAGCAAAAGGAGUAUAAAUGAUGAUAUAAUUAAACCUGAGUCCAAUCUUGAAAAAAACGAAGGUAAAGUAAGUAAUGUGAGGCAUCUGGAUAAGACUGCGUGUGAUUUAAGUGAUCAGGAGGAAUUGCCAAGGAAAAAGGUCAAGCUGGUACUCAACAUGUUCCAUUCAUUUUAUAAUAAGUUGUCACAAGAAACAAAAAUAGACUUGAAAUCAAAGUUUGAGUUUCGGAGGAACCGCCUAGAUUUGAUGGCUUUGAAACUUUUGAAACAGAACAGUAUGGAGUUCGAAUUUGAUUCAUUAUCCAUAGGAAAUGUGCCUGGUGUCAAAAUUGGAGAUGAGUUCAAUUUAAGGGUUGAACUUUGUGUGCUCGGACUUCAUCGCCAACUCCAGGCAGGCAUCGAUUUUUUUAAACAUGAUGGGAGACUACUAGCUCGUAGUAUUAUUUCAUCUGGCUCUAGUAGAUACUCAGACAACGGUCACAUUUCUGAAGUGCUAAUUUACUCCGGUUCAGGGCCAUCCAACAAGAAUCAGAAGUUAGAAUAUGGUAAUUUAGCACUAAGAAACAGCAUAAAUGCUCAAAAUCCUAUUCGUGUUAUUUGGGGAUUUGAGGACUUUCAAAUUAAUAAUUCUCGAAGUUUAAAGGGCAAAAAAGCUACACGUUAUAUCUACGGUGGUUUGUAUCUGGCCGAGAAAUACUGGAUUGAAAAAAAUGGUGAUGGCUUUGAUAUCUAUAUGUUUCAAUUGAGGAGGCAGCAGGAACAGCCUGAACUCAAAAUUAAAAAUGUUAAGCUGAGAACAUCUAUUUCAUUUUCAGAUAUUUGCACUGGAGAUAUCUCCAACGGAAAGGAGAAGGUGCCCAUUUGUGCUGUUAAUACGAUUGAUGAAGAGUGUCCUCAGCCUUUUACAUAUACGAAGGAGAUGAUAUAUCCAUCAAACCAUAUCCCAAUUCAUCCCAAGGGUUGCGACUGUGUUGGCAUCUGCACCGAUUCGAUCAAAUGUGCUUGUGCAGUAAAAAAUGGCGGAGAACUGCCUUUCAAUGGCCGCGGUGCGAUUGUGCAAGCCAAACCUCUUGUUUAUGAGUGUGGGCCUUCGUGCAAAUGCCCUCCUUCGUGCCACAACAGAGUGAGUCAACAUGGCAUAAAAUUUCCUUUGGAAGUCUUUAAAACGGGAACUAUGGGUUGGGGACUGAGAUCAUUAUCUCUCAUUCCAUCCGGUAGCUUCGUUUGCGAAUAUGUCGGCGAGCUUAUACAGGACGAAGAAGCUCAAAAGAGAAUGAACGACGAGUAUCUUUUUGCUAUUGGAAAUAAUUACCAUGAUGCAGCUCUAUGGGAGGGACUUCCAACAUCUAUACCUGAGUUACAGAAGAAAGGCUCUUCAGUAGUUAAUGAAAUGAACUACACUGUUGAUGCAUCCAUGUUUGGAAAUGUUGCUAGAUUCAUCAACCAUAGCUGCAUGCCUAAUCUUUAUGCCCAAAAUCUUCUCUUUGAUCAUGGAAAUAAGAGUAUGCCACACAUUAUGUUAUUUGCUUCCGAAGAUAUACCGCCUCUCCAGGAGCUGACAUAUCAUUACAACUACACUAUUGACCAAGUUCAUGAUUCUAAUGGGAAUAUUAAGCAAAAGGUUUGCUACUGCGGUACUAUUGAGUGCACCGGUAGGUUAUAUUGAGAUUUCAUUUUUGUUUUUUUUGCUUAAUUUUCGAAGCAUUAAUGAAAAAAGUUGAAAUUUUGUAUUUGACAAUGAGUAAUCAACUGUUUUUUAUGGAAUCUUCUUAUCUAUUUUAUUGCUUCACAGAGGUAGCUAACUUAUGCAGAUGGA